AUGCGAUCCUCAUUGUUCAACAUUGCGGUCUUCUCCGCCAUCUCUUGGAGCACAAUUUCUCAAGCCGCACCCAUCGUCGUCGGAAACUUCGACGUCACACAAUCUAUCCACCAAGCCGAGCAGCGCGCGCCCUACGCGCCCAAGACAAAACUUUUCCUCAACAAACUCCACGUCUCCGGCGUUGACACAGAAACAAUUCCCGAGACCCGCGAUGCCGAGGAGGAUGAUGUCUCAGUCUUCGACAUUACCGACGAGAGUGGCGCUGAGCCUCAGAUCAAGCACAUUAUCGUCCCGAAAACCUUUCCCAACGACACAACCGAGGAGCCCAGCGCCGAGAGCACAGAAAGUAGCUCGACUUCGAGCCGAGAUCAAGCAGAAGAGCAAGAAGUGAUGGGCAGCAUCUCGGCGUGCGGCGUGGAUAAGGCAGGGAGAAAUUACUGCCGCACGUCGGACGGGUGGUUUGAGUACAGAUGCGAGACGGGCGAAGUCACGUACUACAGGCAUAUGCCGUAUGCCGACGAGGAGGUGUGUUCGGAUAGCAGCAUCGCUUGA